CAAUUUGCUUUAGUUUGUGAAUUGCAAAAGCUGUACGCGAAACAGUAUUUUCGAUUUUCGAAGUUAAACUCUACAUCCUAGCUUGUCUUGGCCUGUCUUUUCAAAUGUCACGCUGCAUGACUGUGCAUCUACAUAAAUCACUUGGACUUGAUUGGAGCAGUACUAUAGAGUUUGUGUGAAUCAAAUAAUUACAUUUCUAAACUUCAUCGCCGGUUAUUGUGUUUGAAAUGGAUUGGUUUCUUUUCACCUCUUAUUUGAUAUGGUUUUUAGCCGCUUUUCAAAAUCCGUUUAUGGAAAUUUGGGAGCGACUGGAAGAAGCUCGAGGUUUUCUCCGAAUCGGCUAUAUGGCAGAACCGUCUAGCAAUAAUUACCGAAUGAAUGACUCGAAUUUUAUCUAUAGUCGGCCAAUACAAAUGAUUGACGAGCCUUUUGCAGAUGCUUUUAUCGGAAGCAACUAUGGCGGCAUUGGUGUGGAUGAGGCUGGAUUCGAUGGGCAACAAAGUGACGGGGAACGGACCGGCGAGAACAACAACUACAAUCUGCCACUCUUCUGGGUGAAAUUGACCAAAACAAUAAAAAUGGUUGCCUACGAUAAUCCCAAGGCAAUAUAUCUUCGAUACGAGGCGGACUUUAAUGGAAGAACGCUUGUCACCUGGAUCAAUAUUGUUAUCGUAAGUCAAUUGCUGUGGCUGUUCUAUGCGCUGAUCGCAAUCAUCGGUGUCAUUCAUGUUACCAUGUAUAUGAGUUGUGGCCUUUUGAAAUAUUUAGCCAAUCUAAUUCUGAAGAAAAUAGAAAUGUCAGGUCUCCCCAAAAAACUAGAAAUGUGGAUUUUCGUCAAAAAACAUGAAUUGUGGGCACUCCUUAACAAACUAGAAAUGCUAUUCCGAAGCAAACUGGAAAAGUUGAGCUUUCAACGAAUUCGCCAACUGUUUUCAAAGAAGAAGAAUGAUAAGGACGUCCCACCAGUUGUGCUACCAGUACUGCUUCCCCUUGAACGCUAUGUGGAAUGUUGUGUUGAGUCGGGUCUAGAGUCGGAUGUUGAGUCCAAUGCCGAGUCGAUUAUCCAAUCAGCUAAGGAGAAUUCCGCAAGUCACCGCUGUGCCAGAACUAUGAAUAUCAAUGCUAGAUAUAAUCCGAUUUCGAAAAGGUCUAAAAAACUCAACAAGCAAGAUAAAUUUAUUCAAUGGAUCAAACAGGCUCCAUUCCUGAAUGGAACGUCCGAUUCCGAAAUUCGACUAUCCGACUCUGAUGGCGACGAACACUUGAAGCUUAUCUCCUUCAAAGAAAGCGACGAAAGUUUGCUGAUACCAAGCGAUGAGCAAAAAGCGAAAUCGAAAAGAAAUUUUACGGUCAUCCAUAAUAAUUCAAAUCACACUUUGGCUAGUAAACUGAUAAUUGUCUCUAAGGACAACAUGACAGACACUGAGACACCUUUUAAAACAAAAAUGUAUAUAAACGCCAAGAAAAUGUGCAAAAUUCUGCAGAGCGCUAGGCCAUGUGGCUGUCCGUAUUAGGACCAUAGCCAUGAAUGCGAUGCUGCCAAAAAUAUCCCGGAAACUGGACAGGGCGAUGGCGCUUGGAUGCGUGAGGCUGCAAAACGAAAUGAAUCCUCAGAGGUUCUGGGAAACCAACAUACCAACUCUUCGGGACGGCUUUUCAACAGACGUGCAUCCAAAGAUGCAUGUGACAGCGAUGUGCAGGAGAAAUAUUUCUCAACCGAGGACCUUUCUGACUGCACGGUUUUGUACAAUAAGCAAAGUACGGCUAACAAGCAGAAACUGAACCGCAAGGAUUGUCCACUGAAACCAAAAAUAUCAUUGCCAAUCGUUAAUAACGAAUUCAAGAAUUCUCAAGACAAAGACUCUUUCAAUAUGGUAGGAGUUCUAAAAACAUCGAAGAGCCCAUCAACAUUGAGUUUGCCAACUCGUUUGAAGGAUAUCAUCCCACUUACGCGUAGUUUUGGAAGAUCUAUGAUGCAAAAAUCUUUUGUGGAAGAUGAGCCAGAAGCCGUAAUUGAUAAUCCGAUCAGCAUUUCGAAAACUAACGACGCCGACACUGAUGUUUCUUCUGACGAAGGUGAUAUUUCGGAAACAAAAGCCCCUGAUAGCACGGGAUAUAACGAUUUGUUGCAAAAGCAAUUUGCUGACGCUCUAAGGAUUUCUGAAGAGUCUGAAACUUCGAUGAACUCUUAUAGUUUCAAGCAGGAGGACGGCCAUUGGGUUGGCUGGUCCGUAAAGAAUAAUAGAUCAAAUAAAUGCAAGAAGCUAAUGAACGUGGACGUAGGCAUGGAAAGCUCUAACGAAUC